UCUCGGGCCCCUUGGCUCCACCCCAGCCCGCCAUGGCGUCAGGCGCCGCAAAACCGGGGAGGUGGUUCCCACUUUAAGAAGUGAAGUUUUUCGCCCCCUCCCCCUCCCUGCCCACCUCCUGCAGCCUCCCGCGCCCCGCGGAGCUGGCGGAUGGAGCUGCGCUGCGGCGGCGUAGGGAGCCAGGCUGUGGGGCGCAGGAUGGAUGGGGACAGCCGCGAUGGCGGCGGCGGCGGCUGCAAGGACGCCGGGUCGGAGGACUAUGAGAACCUGCCGACCAGCGCCUCCUUAUCCACGCACAUGACAGCCGGAGCGAUGGCCGGGAUCCUGGAGCACUCGGUCAUGUACCCGGUCGACUCGGUGAAGACACGAAUGCAGAGUUUGAAUCCGGAUCCCAAAGCGCAGUACACAAGCGUCUAUGGAGCCCUCAAGAAAAUCAUUCGGACUGAAGGCUUCUGGAGGCCCCUGCGAGGCCUCAACGUGAUGAUGAUGGGCGCAGGGCCGGCCCACGCCAUGUACUUUGCCUGCUAUGAAAACAUGAAAAGGACUUUAAAUGCCGUUCUCCACCACCAAGGAAACAGCCACCUAGCCAACGGGAUAGCUGGGAGUAUGGCCACCCUGCUCCACGAUGCGGUAAUGAAUCCAGCAGAAGUUGUGAAGCAGCGCAUGCAGAUGUACGACUCGCCACACCGGUCGGCCCUCAGCUGCAUCUGGACGGUUUGGAGGACCGAGGGCUUGGGGGCCUUCUAUCGGAGCUACACCACGCAGCUGACCAUGAACAUUCCCUUCCAGUCCAUCCACUUCAUCACCUACGAGUUCCUGCAGGAGCAGGUCAACCCUCACCGAAGCUACAACCCGCAGUCCCACAUCAUCUCGGGUGGGCUGGCCGGGGCCCUCGCUGCCGCUGCCACCACCCCCCUGGACGUCUGUAAGACGCUCCUCAACACUCAGGAGAACAUGGCCCUCAACCUGGCCAACAUCAGCGGCCGGUUGUCGGGCAUGGUCAACGCCUUCAGGAUGGUGUAUCAGCUCAAUGGCCUCCCCGGCUACUUCAAAGGCAUCCAGGCACGUGUCAUCUACCAGAUGCCUUCCACUGCCAUUUCCUGGUCUGUCUAUGAGUUUUUCAAGUACUUUCUCACCAAGCACCAGCUGGAGAAUCGAACUCCAUACUAAAGGAACAGGCUGUGGGCAGUGAUUCCAGAAUCUUUUAUUUUAAAAAGGCUUUCCCUGCCUGCUUCCCUUCUCUUGUCCUCAUACUUGGUUGAGGUUAUCUUGGCAGGAGGUUUGCAGGAGGGGGGGGGAGCCCUCUGCUCCCUGACGCCUCAGGGGACAAUGGGACAGCCGCUUACCGGAAGGCCGUCCGCAGGGACAUCCGAGGUGGUAGAUGGGGAAAGACUUUGGAAGGGGAGCGAGGAAUGGCUUUUGCUCUCCGUCCCCUCGACAGGAAUGUAGCUUUUCUGCCUCACUGUAGCAGUCUCCUGCCCUAGAAUCAGCUCCCACGGGAGGGGAGGAAAUGUGCAGUGACUGGAAACAUUAAAAACAGAGAAUUCUGUACAUAAAAGUUCUAGUACACAGUCGAAAAUAGAUGGAUAAUGUUUAUCCUUUAUUUUUCUAUGUAGAAGUUUUUGGCGGGGUGUGUGUAUGUGUGUGCCAGCGUGUGUGUGCAGAUCAGUGGUACAGCUGGGAGUAUCGGCUGUUCUUUAAAAAAAGAGAGGGCUGGAUUCUUCCAUUGGGUUAAGUAAUAAAAAGGCGCCAAAGUGAUAAAUUGCUGAACGUGGCCUAAAAUUGUGUGGAGCCCCCAGAUGGCAGUUUCACUUGAAUGUAAAAUAAUAAAGUUUCUAUUUUGAAGUUCUCUUUUCGUGGGGGUAAAAAGUACGUUGAAAACAAAAUCCAAAUGAUGAUGUAUUACUUCCAGUUACUUCUUUUCUCCUUUUAUUCAAUCAGUCACCUUCAUGUGCCUUUUCCCUCUGUCUUUCCUGAAAAUUCCAGGACCGAAGACCUGGCCCUGGAGUGUCUUCUCUUGCUGUCAGCACACACGUGUGCACACAUCAUGUGGCAGGAUGGGUUGCGUUGGAGGCCAGUGGCCCCCAGUAGGAUCGGGAUACCUACUGACACCAUUCCCUUCUUCGUUGUGAAUGAUGCGAAUGUGAGCCACUCUGGGCCAGCACUUAGCAGCUCUUGACAUGCCAAUCUUUUGUUACUUGUUGGGCAGGCAAUUGGGAUAAGUCCUACCUUUAUCCUAGGACUUAUUUCUGCUUUAGCCUUUAACUCCGGCACUCCAGAUAGUCUCGUUUGUGCGUGCGCGCGUGUAUGGACUAAAUCAGUUUCCCUGUGUGGUUUCAGGGAUUUUUGAAAAACGUAGCAAGUAUGUUGAUGGCUUUUGUCCAUCCCUCUGUUCACCAUGAGCUCACCUGUCCUGUCACAGAGACUCUCGCCUCGCAGGGACUGAGGUCAGAUCCUCCGGCCAAGUUCAGCUGCGGAAGCGAGGCCCAGACCCUCGUGCACAAGUCAAGCCGCCUCUCCAGAGCUGGCUGCAGCCUCACUUAUCUGCAUCAGCUGAGGACUCGAGGCCUAACUGCCUUGUUUUCUGAAAUGGUACAUCCGAGCCAGAUGCUAAGAAAAAUGCAAGCUUGUUUCCUCUGGCCACGCCCUUUGAUUGGCUGCCAGGCAUCUCCAAGGGAAGACCAAGUGGCUUCACGGUUUCCUUCUGGAGCCCUUUAAAAAUGAGUAGGAAGCACACAUAUGUUCAAUCUGGUGGGCCUAGCCCUGACCUUCAGCCUUUGCCCUUUGCCCCUCACCUUCCACAGGGUCAGUGCAGUGCACCUCACUGAGGCCCCCACCCAGGCUCCUUUGGGGGCUGUUACUCCUGCAAAGAACUCAAGGUGGCACUGGGACAGUUUUCAUCUUGCACCCUGCAUACUGCCUCCAGGAGUAGUUUUGAGAUCAGAGACAAGACGGUGCCAUAUCAGGCAGCUCCCACUCGUGACCCCUGAACAGGACCUUGGCUCCUGGGCUGGGAGGUCUCGGCUGCUGACCUGUCCUACUUUGGAGCUGACCACUCCCACUCCCUCACCUUCCUCCACCCAACCAGUCAGAAACCAGUUGCAGGAUGCCUCUGUCCCACCUGGGGGUGCCAAAAGCCCAUGGAAACCAUGGUGCUCUGGGAAGUAUUUGCAUCUUCUACUAAAACAUGCUGUGCGUUACUGUGAAAUUCUGCAAAAGGAAGACCAUUAUAAUUCUAAAAUAAUUAUCCAACCGCUGUUUUUCAUCCCCUUAAUAUAUGCCACACUGCUGCAAAAUAUUCUUUCCUAUGGGGUUUUGUUUUCGAUGGUAUUGAGAAAAGAAACUGUUCACUUCUCUAGGAAAACUCCUUUGGGUGAGGGAUGCAAGAAGGAGAGGCAGGGAGUGGAUUUGAAAGCUCUGUGGACUGAGCUGGAAGGUCUGGGAAAUGGGGUGAGGCCACUCAUCCUGCCUUCCCCCCCUGGACCGUCCUGAGCCUGGAUGAGCCAUAUAUCUGAAAGAGUUUUGAAAGUUGUAAAGCACUGAACAAAUGUAAGUUGUCUUAAUUUUAUGGGAAUUAAUUUUCCCCCUUUGAGCUCCAAAGUUUGUGUUCUUGCGCUGUGCAGACUGCAGUCCAGUUAUCAAUAGUGACUUUGACAUUGAGAAGUAACUAAAUGGGAAAGUGUCCUCACCCCACCCCGGUGAUGAUCACCUUAACGUAAUCAUGGCAUGUGCUUGUUCCUUCGUGUCUUUGGGGUGACAUCCGCAGCCGGGCAGUGCCCCUUGAGUGCGUGCUCAGUUACUGCGUGGGCACACAGGCAUGAACCCCUAUGCCCAGACCGUGGUGUGAGAUUCAGUCCCUUGUAGAACAGGGUUUUAUUAACUUUGUAUUGAAUCUAGCUAUUUACUGGCCUCCAUCCUGUGUGUUUUCUGUUUGUUUGUAAUGAUGUCUUAUUCCAAGCACUGUCCUCCAAAGGUCCCCACCCCCCAAAGCUUCGUCUCUAGCACAUUGUUAUGCCAAUAAGGUUUUAUUUAACUUUAUUUAAGGAUGAUUGUGUCUGUUCAAUGCGGAUGUACUGCUGCUUCCUACCUGUAAGAUGCACAGUGUAGAAGGGUGAGCAAGUAUUGUUUCUUAAAUGCCUGUAGUAAAUAGCACAGUUUCUGCCUCCAAUUGUUGGCAGCUCUCUGGAACAGGGACAAAUGUGUGUUUAUGUGUGGGGGUAUUUCAGAUUUGCUGCUACCAUUGUGACACUGGAGCUAGAGAAAAUAAAGCCUUGAUCUUUGAA